AUGCGCGAUGUUGCCGUACUGCUGUACCCCGCCAGGCAGGUCUACGACAUCUGCCAGCCUGGAUUUCGGGGCCGCUGUACGGCACCGUUGAUGGUGGACCGGGUACGGCGUGUGGCCGUGUGCAACGAAAGUUCGGAGAUUGUACGGAGCUUGGACGAGAUGCACCUACCGGGGUGUACGGACGUGCAGCUACGGCCGCGCCACCUGACGUCGCAAAUUGAUGAGUUGAACGCUAAAAUUUACUCUUCCAUCAACAACGGGGUGUACCGCUCGGGUUUCGCCACAACACAGGAAGCGUACGAUGCCGUACAGGCGGAAUUGUGGUCGACCCUGGACGAGAUGGAGUCGCGUCUCAGCUCCCAUCGCUUCCUGCUGGGGGACAGAUUGACGGAAAGCGACGUCUGGCUUUUUCCGACUGUCGUACGGCUGGACUCGGUGUACGGCCCGCUGUUCAAGUGCUGCCGCCGCCGCAUCUUCGGUGCUGCCGGCGGCGGCCGCGAGGGCGACUACCCAGCCCUGGCUGCCUGGGCCCGGGACAUCUGGCAGAUCAAGGUACCCGGCUCGAGCUUACAGGUGAGCGGCACUGUGGAUCUAGACGCAGCCCGCGUGUCGUACUUCAAGAACCUUUUCCCGCUCAACCCGGGGGGUAUUGUGCCGGCCGGGCCCACCGCUGCCGACCUCCAGCUAGAGCAGCCGGCGGGGCGAGGCUGCUCGGCGCUUCAGGGUGUUUGCUAUCCGCGUGACACAGGAACCGCAGAUGCCGCAUCUGGCGCGGCUGCGGGGUUGUAA